AUGGCGACCGUGGCGCAUUUCUUGCUCAAGAUUCUUCUAUUUGCCGUCGUGAGCUCGGCUGUGGCAGCAGCGGAGCAAAAGGCGAGUGGUCGCGCCACCGAGGCGGCGGCGCUGCGGGAGUUCAAGCGCGCGCUGGUGGACGUCGACGGGCGCCUUUCGAGCUGGGACGACGCGGCGACCCCAUGCGGGUGGGCAGGCAUUGCCUGCUCCUUGGCACGUGAGGUGACCGGCGUCACGCUCCACGGGCUCGGCCUCGGUGGAGCGCUCUCCCCCGCCGUCUGCGCGCUCCCGCGGCUCGCCGUGCUCAACGUGUCCAAGAACGAGCUGUCCGGCCCCGUCCCCGCAGGGCUCGCCGCGUGCCGCGCGCUGGAGGUGCUCGACCUCAGCACCAACUCCCUCCACGGCGCCAUCCCGCCAGAGCUCUGCGCGCUCCCGUCCCUCCGCCGGCUCUUCCUCAGCGAGAACCUGCUCACCGGCGAGAUCCCUGCCGACAUCGGCAACCUCACCGCCCUGGAGGAGCUCGUCAUCUACACCAACAACCUCACCGGCGGGAUCCCCGGGUCCGUCCGCACGCUGCAGCGGCUGCGUGUGGUCCGCGCGGGUCUCAACGGCCUUUCCGGCCCGAUCCUGGUCGAGGUUAGCGAGUGCAGCAGCCUGGAGGUGCUCGGGCUCGCGCAGAACAGACUCGCCGGGACGCUGCCCCGCGAGCUCUCCCGGCUCAAGAACCUCACCACGUUGAUCCUGUGGCAGAACGCCUUGACCGGCGAGAUCCCACCGGAGCUGGGGAACUGCACGAACCUGGAGAUGCUGGCGUUGAACGACAACGCCUUCACCGGCGGCGUGCCGAGGGAGCUCGGGGCGCUGCCCAAGCUCGUAAAGCUCUACAUUUACCGGAACCACCUGGACGGCACCAUCCCAAAGGAGCUCGGGAGCCUGCAGAGCGCCGUGGAAAUUGACCUCAUCCCGCGGGAGCUCGGGAAGCUGGGUGUCAUAAGGAGAAUAGACCUGUCCAUCAACAACCUCACCGGCGCAAUUCCGAUGGAGUUUCAGGACCUGCCCUGCUUGGAGUACCUGCAGCUGUUCGACAACCAAAUCCAUGGUGCCAUCCCUCCUUUGCUGGGGGCGAGGAGCACACUGUCGGUGCUGGAUUUUUCAGACAACCGGUUGACGGGGAGCAUCCCGCCUCACCUGUGCAGGCACCAGAAGCUCAUCUUCUUGAGCCUGGGGUCAAACCGUCUCAUCGGCAACAUCCCUCCGGGAGUGAAGGCUUGCAAGACCCUGACCCAGCUCCGGCUCGGGGUUAACCUGCUGACGGGGAGCCUGCCCGUGGAGCUGUCGGCGAUGCAGAACCUGUCGGCGCUUGAGAUGAACCAGAACCGCUUCUCCGGCCCGAUACCGCCUGAGGUCGGCAAGUUCAGGAGCAUAGAGAGGCUGAUUCUGUCGGGGAAUUACUUCGUCGGACAUGUCCCCGCUGGCAUUGGCAACCUCACGGAGCUUGUCGCCUUCAAUAUAUCAUCCAACCAGCUCACCGGACCGAUUCCUCGGGAGUUGGCAAGGUGUACAAAGCUACAGAGGCUUGAUCUCAGCAGAAACUCCUUCACCGGCCUCAUUCCUAAGGAGCUCGGCACACUGGUGAACCUGGAGCAGCUCAAGCUAUCAGACAACAGUCUGAAUGGCACCAUUCCUGCAAGUUUUGGAGGCCUUUCCCGGCUCACGGAGCUGCAGAUGGGAGGCAACCGUCUGUCCGGCUCAGUGCCGGUUGAGCUUGGCAAACUCAAUGCCCUCCAGAUUGCUCUAAAUCUCAGCUACAACAUGCUAUCCGGUGAGAUCCCAACUCAGCUAGGGAACUUGAGAAUGCUGGAAUACCUCUUCUUGAACAACAAUGAUCUUCAAGGGGAGGUUCCUUCCUCAUUCACUGAACUCUCAAGCCUUAUGGAGUGCAACCUUUCUUACAAUAAUCUUGUUGGGUCGCUUCCCAGCACCCUGCUGUUCCAGCACCUCGACAGCAGCAACUUCCUUGGGAACAAUGGCCUCUGCGGCAUCAAAGGAAAAGCUUGUCCAGUAAAUUCAGCCUACGCAAGCAGUGAAGCAGCAGCGCGCAAGAAGCGGUUUCUUAGAGAGAAGAUCAUCAGCGUUGCCUCCAUCGUCGUCAUAUUGGUUUCAUUGGUGCUGAUUGCACUCGUCUGCUGGCUCUUAAAGUCCAACAUGCCCAAGCUUGUAUCAAAUGAAGAGCGCAAGACUGGGUUCUCUGGUCCUCACUACUUUCUUAAGGAGCGUAUAACCUAUCAGGAGCUUUUGAAAGCCACCGGGAGCUUCUCGGAGAGUGCUGUGAUUGGAAGGGGUGCUUCUGGCACAGUCUACAAGGCUGUCAUGCCUGAUGGUCGGCGAGUUGCAGUGAAAAAGCUCAGAUGUCAAGGAGAAGGUUCCAGUGUCGACAGAAGCUUCCGCGCCGAGAUAACUACCCUUGGAAAUGUCAGGCACCGCAACAUUGUCAAGCUCUAUGGUUUCUGCUCCAACCAGGACUCCAAUCUUAUACUGUAUGAGUACAUGGAAAAUGGUAGCCUUGGAGAGUUGCUUCAUGGGACCAAGGACGCAUACCUCCUGGACUGGGACACACGGUACCGGAUCGCCUUCGGGGCUGCUGAAGGCCUACGCUACCUUCACAGCGAUUGCAAGCCAAAGGUGAUUCACCGUGACAUUAAGUCCAAUAACAUACUGCUCGAUGAGAUGAUGGAGGCUCAUGUGGGAGACUUUGGUUUGGCAAAAAUCAUCGACAUUUCCAACAGCAGGACAAUGUCCGCUGUAGCCGGUUCAUACGGUUACAUUGCCCCAGAGUAUGCUUUCACCAUGAAGGUGACUGAAAAGUGUGAUAUUUAUAGUUUUGGGGUGGUUUUGUUGGAACUAGUGACUGGGCAAUGUGCAAUUCAGCCUCUUGAGAAAGGAGGAGAUCUUGUGAAUUUGGUAAGGCGGACAAUGAACAGCAUGACACCAAAUUCUCAAGUUUUUGACAGCAGACUCGAUCUGAACUCAAAGAGGGUUGUAGAAGAAAUGACUCUGGUGGUGAAGAUUGCAUUGUUCUGCACCAGUGAAUCACCAUUGGAUAGGCCUAGCAUGCGAGAAGUGAUAUCCAUGUUGAUUGAUGCUAGGGCCUCUUCUUUUGAUUCAUUCUCAUCUCCAGCAUCGGAGUCACCUACCAAAGAUGAUUCUUCCUUCGGGCUUUAG